AUGUGGAGAAGGACGUUAGCUCUAGCCAGCACCUCGACUGCGGCUGCAGGUCCGUCGACCUUGACACUGCGCACAGCUGCCGUGCUCGCUCAUGCCGACUGUCUCCUCCGCCUCCCAGGACCGUCGACUUCAUCCAACACUCCUCUGCGAAGCUUUGCCAGCUCAGCAUCGCCUGCGCGAGGCGGUCCGAAGAACUCCUCAGGCAAAUACAGAGAUGACACCCGGAGAUCAGACUAUAACGAUCCAAGAGGCAGAGGCGGCAAGGACAGGAACGACCGAUUCAGCAAAGGCCGGUUCCAGAAGGGCCCGCGAGCUCAACCGAAAGAUGUCGACUUCUCCGUUCCUGAGCCACCAACGUCGCAGGAAGUGGGACGAAAGCUAGUGGCACAGCUGACGGCGAUUACGAAGGAUCCAGACUUGCCGUCGCAGCUCGUUGCGUACGGCAUCAAAGGCAGGCCGGCAGAACUGCUGCUGCAAGUUGCUGGGGAUCAGGAAGGCGAUCAACGGUCAAUAGCACGCAACAUCUCAAAGACAAAUAAACUCAACGACUCAGUCACGGCAAUCAAGCUCUUCCGAACGUGGUCCGAAGGUGCCAAAGAGUCGAUCUUGGAUCUUGCUGUUCUGCACGAUACUGGCAAUGCGGCACAAGCGCCCGAAUUUUCGAAUCUCUCGGAUGCGAUCGCUUCCUACACCAUCGAGGGGGAAGCGUGUCUUGGUCGAUUCUGUGUCUCUGCCUUCCUCGACUGGGUAGACCGUGGGCUCGAGUCUCUGUACUCGUCCUUGACAACAAAGGAUAGCGCGUCGUCAUCUCGGACCGCAGCUGAAGCAGCCGAGAUCUCGCUCGUGCGCUCGCAACUCUCCCUCCUCCGAUCGUGCAUGGACAUUCGCUUCCCCGUCCACCAGUUUCCAAAAGCACGAACGCUGAUCCGCAACAUCCACCUGCACGUCGGUCCGACCAACUCAGGCAAGACGCACGGCGCGCUGGUGGCCCUCUCCAAAGCUCGCACCGGUAUCUUCGCCGGUCCUCUCCGCCUCCUCGCACAUGAAGUAUGGGAUCGGUUCAACAGUGGUACAGUCUCGCCUGGCGUUGCAGCACGAGCGUGCAACCUAGUCACUGGUGAGGAGAAGCGCACCGUCGACCCGCUCGCCGGUCUGGUCAGCUGCACGGUCGAAAUGGUCUCCACCACGCGCGCCGUCGACGUCGGUGUCAUCGACGAGAUCCAAAUGAUAGGCGAUCCACAACGCGGUUUCGCCUGGACCAACGCCGUCCUCGGUCUGCCCGCGAAAGAGCUGCAUCUGUGCGGCGAAGCGUCGGUCAUCCCGCUCAUCGAGAACCUCGCCAGCGCCUGUGGGGACCACCUGACCGUCCAUCGCUACGACCGACUCACUCCGCUCAGCAUCGCCAAAGAGUCGCUCGAUGACGACCUCUCCUCCAUCACCAAGGGCGACUGCAUCGUGGCGUUCUCCCGUUCGGGCAUCUUUGCGCUCAAGCGGGAUAUCGAGAAGAAGACUGGGCUUCGGUGCGCGGUAGCUUACGGCGCACUGCCACCAGAGACGAAAGCGGAGCAAGCCAAGCUAUUCAAUGCCGGAAAGCUCGACGUCAUGGUCGCGAGCGACGCCAUCGGGAUGGGGCUCAAUCUUCGCAUCAAGCGCGUGAUCUUUGACACGCUGAGCAAGUGGAAUGGCAAGGAGGAGGUGAUUCUGAGUGCUAGUCAGAUCAAGCAGAUUGCGGGUCGUGCGGGGCGAUACGGUACGCAGGACAAGGACACGCAAAAAGCGGAUCUGGGAGGAGUGGUGACGACGCGGCACGAGCACGAGUUGGGGAUACUCGAAGCCGCACUAGCGUCGCCACUGGUGCCGAUCACGCGGGCGGCCAUCCAGCCGUCCUCCGAAACGCUGAGCCAGCUCAGUGCGAUGCUUCCCAGCAUCGAGCGCGGGGUCAUGCGCACACUGUCGCAGAUCUACGCCGACGUAGCCUUGCUCUCGCGCAUCGACUCGACCAACUUUUUCCUCGCCGACUUCAGCCAACAACUCACCAUCAGUCCUUUGAUCGAGAGUGCGUCGGGUGGGAUGCUGACGGUGUCCGAGCGAGAAACGUUCAGCAACGCCCCAGCCAACACGCGAGACGAGCGCGUUUCGGCGUUCCUCACCAACGCCGUGCGCUUUUUCAGCCGCGGUGGGCUGGUCGAGUUCGAUCUCGCCGCAAAGGAUCUGGCGAUGCUGGAGGUGGAAGAGGAAGUGGUCUCGCUCAUGCGGCAAGCGGAAGAGGCACGGGAGCGAGCGAGCGAUGCUGGCAAGGAAGUGAAGCCGCUGAUUGCAUACCUCAACGGCGAGGGCGGCGGCACAGCCCACCCGCUGAUCAACAUCACGACCAUGCUGAUGCUCGAAUCGCUCCACAGGUGCUUCACGCUGUACCUGUGGUUGAGUUUUAGAUUCCCACUGGCAUUCUGCUGGAGGAGCGACGUGGAGCGGAGGAAGAAGGUCGCUGAAGAGGCGAUCGAUUUUGUGCUCCAGGGGAUCCGAUUUGGGCGCGCGAAGCGGUUGCAGGCGCUCGGAAGGGGGAUGGAGAGGAGGCGAGAGAGUGGGUCGGAGAAGUUCGGCGCUUGA